ACUUUCAAAUGAACAGCCAGUAAGAGAGACAGCGUGUCGGAGGGCCUGAGUGACGGAGAGAAAUCAAACUCUGGACAAACCGCAGAACCAAAGACUCCAAACAGAAAACAGAGUGGACAAAGAAAGCAGCAGAGUCACUGUGGAUCAUUUUUAGGGGAAAUCCUACACCACAACUCAUUUGUUUUCUAUUCUUGUCUCCCCCUCCUUUCACAUCUCGAUGCUUUGCUUUGGGAUUUGUGCUCUGAGACCAAAUUCUUCUCCUGAUGCUUCUUUCCUCUGUCAACUGAAAUAUUUUCAGUUUCAGUUUUUGUCCAGAACUUUGCAGCCCAACAAACUGAGACAGACAUUUGCAGAAUUUUACCUGGACUAAACCUUUUCUGGGAUGAAUUUAACUGAGCCAAGCCUGUCUAAAGUCAGCCAGGUGUCUCUUGGCGACCCCUGGACAUCAGGGACCCCGAGUCCUGCUUCUGAUUCUGAAAUGGGUUUUGAACAGAACCUCUCUGGGGAUUGCAGUUCUCCCGAUCUAACUGGGAAUAUGAGGAGAGGGGAACCAAGGAUGUCUUUGACGCACAGUUCAGGAGGACAAAGUCCUGAUCUGAACCAGGCUGGAGGUAUGUCAGUGGGUGAUGGGAAAGCUGUGGGGGCCGAGCAAAGGAUCCGCAGGCCGAUGAAUGCCUUCAUGGUCUGGGCUAAAGAUGAGAGGAAGCGUCUGGCCCUGCAGAACCCAGACCUACACAAUGCUGUACUCAGCAAGAUGCUUGGUCAGUCAUGGAAGGCCCUGAGUGCCAUAGAGAAACGACCAUUUGUAGAGGAAGCAGAACGUCUUCGUGUCCAACAUCUCCAGGAUCACCCAAACUACAAGUACCGACCUCGCCGCAAAAAGACCACCAAAAAGCUCAAACGUGUUGAACCAGGGCUUCUUCUGCACAGCCUAGCACAGGGUGGGGCACAGAGCUUAAGUUUAGGGCCUGGUGUCAGCCAUUUGGGUACAGAAAAUGUCUCUGGUGGUUCUGCUUAUGGACAUCCAGGUGUCCACCCUCCACACCAUCAUCACCCCCACCACCUGCUUCCAUCUCUGGGCCACUUCAGGGACCUCCAGGCCUCAGGACACACAGAGCUGGAGAGCUAUGGUUUGCCCACUCCAGAGAUGUCCCCACUGGACAUUCUGGAAGAUGGAGCUGGGGAAUCUGUUUUUUUCCCCCAACAUAUGCAGGAGGAGGCAGGGAUGGGAGUUUGGAGUGGGUACCAACACCACCUUCACCAUCAUAAUCAGCAUUACAGCCACCACUACAACAACCAUUGCCACCACAGCGCCAUACAUGGUCAGGGUUCAGGAAUGGCUUUAAGCACCAGAAUGAUUUCUCCUGAAUCGAAUAUGAUCUCGAGCAUGACCUCUGUCACUUCACUCAACUCCAAGUUAAAUCUUACACAUGUCUCUGGUCACCAAGUCACCUUGAGAAGUCCUGUAAAGUGCCCACCACCAUUACCCGAUUCCUCCUCUCCUGUUUCAUACCCCCAGCCCUGCAACAGCAUCUCUGAGCCAAUAAAAUGCCAUGAACCUCCCCUGAGUUCUGCUCCUGCUGGUUAUUUCAGCCAGCUGUAUGGGAGCGGCACUCCCAAAGCUCCUCAUUUCACUCCUCAUCUGGGGCAGCUUUCUCCUCCUCCUGAAACGUCUCCUUCUUGCUCGACCUCAUCUAUCCCCCCUCCAUCCACUUUCCUUCCUUCUGUGAACUUGGAUAAUUCUAAUCCAGACUCCUCUGGCCAGCUGGGGUCUUCCUCUGCUGAAUUUUGGGCUGAAGUGGACAGGCAUGAAUUUGACCAGUAUGUAAAUAUUAGAAGGAAUCAAGAGGAGGCUUAUGGACUGGGUGGAGGAUGUGGUAGUGUGUCCAAAGUCCUGGCUGGGCAUAGUAGCGUAGGGGUUGGAAGUAGCAAUAAUAGUAUUGUUAGCAGUCUGGUUAAUAGGGAUGUUGGUGGUGUAGUGGGUGGUGUCGGUGGGUGUGAUGAUGGAAGCAGCCCUCUUAUAUCUGCUCUGUCUGAUGCUAGCAGCGCUGUUUAUUACAGCACCUGUAUCACUGGAUAAAUACUCUCAAAUGUAUGAUCUAAUGGUUGCUUUUUUGAUUGAUGAUGACAUGAUCUGAAGAAAGUAUGCUGGAAGAAAAUGGUUCAUACUUUUAGUUAAAUAAUUGUAAUUUCUUACCUCCCACUGAGUCCAUCAAAAUGGUUAAAGAAAAUUAUUGAUAAUUCCAGUUUUGUUUUUUUUGGAAAGUCCCCUAACUGGAAUGAAACUUGAGUGGCAAGAAGGCAACUAGAAAUUGCUUAUUUUUUCAUAAAUUCACAUUUUUGAUCAAAAACUUUGAGCUGAACAGUGUUUUUGUUAGCUACGGGCUCAUGGGAGUUCAUGUUGAGAAUGUUAUGAUUUUAUAUAGAGUUUAUCGCAUGUAUCUCAUAUUUCUAGUUGUUGUAUGUUUAUAGGCAGAAGUUCUGUGACAUCAGCUCCGUUCAGCCACAGGUAGUAUGAGAUGAUUGUGUGAGCUAACCAAAAUAUGAAAACGUGCCAUGUCAUUUAAAACUUUGUUAUCUGUUGAUUCAAAUGAACACUGCUCUGCUCAGACAGUUCCUUAAUAUAUUUGGUAUUUAUGUGUGCUUGGUAGAUAGCUUGAGAGGACCUUGCCACUAAAAUGCUUUCUGCCAUAUCAAAUCCUUUGAAAGACAGUUGUAUAGCUUUCAGUGUCUUAUGGAAGGCUUUAGAGUUGAGUGCUAGUAAAUAAACCAGAAGUCUUUCAAUAGUGGGAUAAUAAACUAAUGAUCUACAAACUGGCCUGAUGAUUCCAAAACCUUUAAUUUUCAGGAAUGUAGGAUAUCAGCAAAGCCUUAUUUGUGUUGAUGUGCCUUUAAGCAGUAUACUAACUUUUUCAGGAUCCACAUGUUCUGUUUUUAGUUCGUGGCAUGAUGUAGACAGAUUUGAUUUGACAAACCAAAUGAAUUUGUGUAUGCAGUUCAUCAGAAAAAUAUCUAACUUCACAAAACAUUUUGACAUUUCAUUUCAGGAUCAUAAAAAUAAUCUCAGUUGAGCUUCUAAAAUUUUAUUUAUUUAAUCUUUUCUGUUGAUUGGGAACACAAAAAACAAACUUGUGAGACAGAGAAAAAAAAACUGAAUGAAAGAGACUCCCUGCCUUCAUAUACAGUAUAGUUCUGUGCUGUCAGGAAAGCCUUGGUCACAAACUAAGAUAUCUGAUGUCUCUAAACUGGACUUUUCUAACCACUGUGUGUUCCCUUUCUGUCUCGGACCACAAAGGAUGUCAAACGACAAAAUCUGCAUGCUAAAUAAACUACCCAGUCCUACUGGUACACACGGACAUGUUGAUGAUUCAAAGAAUACUAUUUCUAACUGGCCUCUCAGAUAUAACUUUAAUUUGGGUUAGUUUUCCAAGCAUGAUCUAAAACUUCAGCACUGUUGUAACAAGUCUUUCAUCACGGGUCAUAAUUACUUUGAAAGUAAUCAGCUCUAUUCAUGCAAAUAACCUCAUACAACCAGAUGUUGGUGUGUAGAUCAGUCACUCAGUUGUGGUGUAAGGAAUUUUGGGAACAUUGGUUUAAUGUAGAUGUUUACUGUAUACCUAUGUAGAUGUUAUGUUUCUUGACAGGAUGUGAAGGAGAAACUGAAACUAUGAAAUGUUCUCUUUGCACUGGGUUUAAUGUCUUAGAUUUAUAGAAGGAAAACUACUCAUGUCCAUAAUUUGAAAUAUGUUUUUGUACAGAAGGGACUAUUUUUGUCUUGUUUUUUCUGCCUUCUUUACAGAGUCUUAUUUUUUCUUAAAGGAAAACAAUUCAAAAUUAUACUUUCUUGCUGAGAGUGGGACAAGUUGAUUGAUAUGAUUCUCAUAUUCAUGUGGUCAGUGCUGGAGGUAAUUAGCCUAGCUAAACAUAAGAACAAGAAAGCCUUCUAUUCUUCAGAAAGUGUGAUAAAUAUAUUUAUUGUUACAUGUGACUGACCUGUUUUUUUUAUUUAAAUUAUGAAAAGAAUUACAAAAUGUUCAUUUUGUGUAUCACAUUGCUUUAAAUAGGCAUUUGCUUCUCAUAUAUUUUAUCUUUUUCCUGCCUGACACCAUCUGUUCCUCUCCUUUUCUCAUGUUUGUACCUACCAGUAUUUGCUAUGUUUUAUAUUUUUAAAGCAAACAGAAAUCUUUGUAAUGUAACUUUUCAGAUAUAAAUUGAAUAAUUGGGCAUACAAGGUCAUGUAAGGGUGCUGGCAGGUCUUUGGUAGCCUGGAUCAGUCCAAAGUUCAGUUUUUCCCUAAUUAACAGUCUUUGUCACCAUCUUUAAACAUCACACAUACAAAUGGUAAAUGGACUAGUUCUUAUAUAGCGCUUUUCUACUCAGAUAUGAGCACUCAAAGCGCUUACACAACACGUUCACAUUUACCCCAUGCACACGCAUUCAUAC